AUGGAUCAGGGAGCCACCUUGCGACAUUUUGCCAUGACGGUGGUGAAUCUUAGCAGUGCGCAGUUCAGCUUUAUUAUUCUAACGGCAGCAGCUCAUCAGAACAGGCGAGAAAUUUCUGCAGCACUCGGCAAGACGUUCCUCAACGAAGAGCGCAAGAAACGUCCUCAGAGUACAAAGUUGUCAAACGAAGAUCAGACGUUCUCAGCUGCCAAAUGCGGAUUCCGGAGAACCCACCUCUCGAACAAUUUCUAA